GGGGGUGAAGUGGUAUUUGGCCUGGAUCCCUUGGGCAGGCAGGGGUGAUCUUCCAAAACCAGUGGAGGCGCUCGCCCCUUUCCUUCCACCUCAAAGGCGGCCAGGGGAUGAAGGUAGGAGGAACUGGAAGAGGAAAAGUCAAGAGGUACUUGGCUUGCCGUCGACAAGGGUGCGGCCCCGGAGAGCUACCCCGCCCCUUCUUGCUAGAGUCUCGGCUGACGCCUCCUGCGAGCAGGCCGCCGGCUGCCACUGCGGCAGCGCCCGUCGCCUACCCGGACUCGCAGCGCACGGCUGGGAGAAAAGAUGUUCACUGUGCUGACAAGACAACCCUGCGAGCAAGCAGGCCUGAAGGCCCUCUCCCGCACCCCAGCCAUCGUUGCCUUGGUGGUCUUGCUCGUGAGUGUUGUGGUGCUUGUGGCCAUCACACUCAUCCAGAUUCACCAAAAAGAAGUCCUCCCUCCAGGACUGAAGUAUGGAAUUGUGCUGGAUGCUGGGUCCUCCAGAACCACAGUCUACGUGUAUCAGUGGCCAGCAGAGAAGGAGAAUAAUACCGGAGUGGUCAGUCAGACCUUCAGAUGCAGUGUGAGAGGUUCUGGGAUCUCCAGCUAUGGCAAUAACCCCCAAGAUGUCCCCAAAGCCUUUGAGGACUGCAUGCAAAAAGUCAAGUUGCAGAUUCCAGCCCAACUCCACGGGUCCACCCGCAUCCACCUGGGAGCCACGGCUGGGAUGCGCUUGCUGAGGUCGCAAAAUGAAACAGCAGCUAAUGAAGUCCUUGCAAGCAUCCAAAACUACUUCAAGUCUCAGCCCUUUGAUUUUAGGGGUGCUCAAAUCAUUUCUGGGCAAGAGGAAGGGGUAUAUGGAUGGAUUACAGCCAACUAUUUAAUGGGAAAUUUCCUGGAGAAGAACCUGUGGCGUAUGUGGGUGCAUCCGCAUGGAGUGGAGACCACAGGCGCCCUGGAUUUAGGUGGUGCCUCCACCCAAAUAUCCUUCGCAGCAGAAGAGAAGGUGGGACUGAACACCAGCGGCCUCAUGCAGGUGUCCCUGUAUGGCUACGUGUACACACUCUAUACACACAGUUUCCAGUGCUACGGCCGGAAUGAGGCUGAGAAGAGGUUUCUGGCAAGGCUCCUUCAGAAUUCUCCCACCAAAACCGACCUCAUCAACCCCUGUUACCCUCGGAAUUAUACUGCCACCUUCCCCAUGAGCCACAUAUUUAACAGCCUGUGCACAGCAGACCUGAGCCCAGCAAGUUAUCACCCUGAUGACAUCAUUGCUUUUGAAGGAACUGGGGACCCCCUGCUGUGCAGGGAAAAGGUGGCUUUCCUAUUUGACUUCAAAGCUUGCCAAGAUCCAGAAGCCUGUUCCUUUGAUGGGGUUUAUCAGCCAAAGGUUAAAGGGCCAUUUGUGGCUUUUGCAGGAUUCUACUACACAGCCAGUGCUCUAAAUCUUUCAGGUAGCUUUUCCUUGGACAUCUUUAACUCAAGCACCUGGAAUUUCUGCUCACAGAAUUGGAGUCAGCUCCCGCUGCUGCUCCCCAGGUUUGACGAGGAGUAUGCCCGCUCCUACUGCUUCUCAGCCCACUACAUUUACCACUUGCUCGUAAAUGGAUACAAAUUCACAGAGGAGACCUGGCCACAAAUACAUUUUAAAAAAGAAGUGGGGAAUAGCAGCAUUGCCUGGUCUCUUGGUUACAUGCUCAGCCUGACCAACCAGAUCCCAGCUGAAAGUCCCCUGAUCCACCUGCCCAUGCAGCCACGUGUCUUUGUCGGCAUCCUCUCCUUCUUCGCAGGGGUGGCCUUGCUGUGUCUGGCGUUUCUUGUGUACUUGUGCACAGUUUCCAGGAUACAUAGGAGCUCCCAGCAUGCAUUUGACCACACAGUGGAUUCUGAGUGAACCUGUGAAGCAACUUCUGGAGCCCGAGGGCUGUCUCGAGCCAGGGUGGGUGGCACCAGGCAAUGCAAGAAAAAUGGCUGCCUUCAGGAAACACAACUGAAGUUAAUGCCCAGAGCAUAUGCCUCUCAGUUAUUGAUUUCUGGCAAAGCGCCCCUUGGGGGAGCCCUCAGAUCUUCUGUGCACAUUGCUCCUCCAGAGACUCCACCACCCACCUGCUCAUCUACUGGGGAACAUAGGGGAGACAGGCUUCCAAGGUCAGGCUCUUUAUUCCAAGCCUCUCCAGAGGAUAUGACAGUUUGAUGAUGAUGAAUUGACCUCAUGGUUCAGUUUUCCAUUUUUCCUCCUUCAGCAUCCCUCCAGUUUGGAAACUGGUGGAUAUCCGUUAAGACCAUUUGACCCAGUCAGAUGUCUCACUGUAUAUGGCUUCCUCCCAUUGGUCCGUAAAAAGGUCUUCCUUGAGCAGUCCCAUAAACAUUAAUCUUCCUCAGAUCUGUAAAAUGUAGUACCUGGGGACUCCUUUAUCCCAAGGGCAGUGCCAGACCUCUAUUAUGCAGAUAAAACCUGAAGCACAGAGACACACAGAAAGUCUCCCAGAAAACCGCAGGAUAUUCCUGAAGUGGAACCCCCACACAAGGCUCUGAUCACUAGAUAGCAAUGUGUGUAUCAUUAUCCUCAUCUUCCCAUCACAUUGCUAUGCCCUCCAAUAAAACACAUUUAGUCCUAGCAAGGUUAUGGCAUCAGAUCAUAUUUCCUUUGCUAGGCUUUUGCUUAGGGCUGCCUUUCCAUUACUAGUACGGUCUACCAUUCCUACAGGUAUACUUUAUGCCUUCAUAAGACAUCCUUACCAGUUACUUUCCCAAAUUGAAGGCCUUUCUGCAUAGCAGCCACUGGUCAUGACUGGGGAAAGAAAAAGCUGCAGGAACACUGAUCACCAAAGUGGGAUGGGAAAGAACUCCAGCAAGUGCACUGAUUACAAACUAAAACUUAACAUUAUUUCAGAUUGCUGUUUGUGACAGUAUCCAUAUAUGGAAUAAAAGACUCAUUUUAUUCUGACUUA